AUGAUGUCUUUUUCCACGGUGUCCCGACUCGCCGGCCACAGCGCCAAGCGACUUUGCCUCCGGCCAGCUCGAUCCGUCAUCUCGCGACCCAUCUCUACGACAGCUAUUCGGAGAUAUGCCGAGCCUCACGAUGUUGGCAUCAAGCUUGUCCCCGUAAACGAGAGCUUUUCCAACUCGAAUGACCCCCACGGCGAGCACUUGGAAGCCCAGGCCACAAAGUCGCGCGAAGAGGUCGAGGACCGAAAGAUCCGCCACUACACCGUCAACUUUGGUCCCCAGCAUCCCGCCGCCCACGGCAAGCUGAUCGAGUACAAGUCCUACCUCCAGGCUCUACCCUACUUCGAUCGUCUCGACUACGUUUCCAUGAUGACGAAUGAGCAGUGCUUCUCCCUUGCUGUCGAGAAGCUUCUCAACGUCGAUAUCCCCAUCCGAGCCAAGUAUAUCCGAACCUUGUUUGGCGAGAUUACCCGUGUCCUCAACCAUCUCAUGUCCGUCCUCUCCCACGCUAUGGAUGUCGGUGCUCUUACCCCCUUCUUGUGGGGUUUCGAGGAACGUGAAAAGCUCAUGGAAUUCUACGAGCGCGUCUCUGGUGCGCGUCUUCACGCCGCAUACGUCCGCCCCGGUGGCGUGAGCCAGGAUCUCCCUGAAGGCCUUCUCGACGACAUCUAUCAAUGGGCCACCCAAUUCGGCGACAGAAUCGACGAAACCGAAGAGAUGCUUACUGACAACCGUAUCUGGAAGUCGCGUCUGGAAGGUGUCGGCGUUGUCUCGGCCGCCGAGGCCCUCAACCUCUCUUUCAGCGGUGUCAUGCUUCGAGGAUCCGGCAUUCCCUGGGAUAUUCGCAAGAGCCAACCCUAUGAUGCCUACGACCAGGUCGAGUUCGACGUCCCCGUCGGUGUCAAUGGCGACUGCUACGACCGAUAUCUCUGCCGUAUGGAGGAGUUCCGCCAAUCCUUGAGAAUUAUCCACCAGUGCCUCAACCAGAUGCCCGCCGGUCCCGUUCGUGUCGAGGACUACAAGAUCUCCCCUCCUCCCCGCGCUGCCAUGAAGGAGAACAUGGAGGCCCUCAUUCACCAUUUCCUCCUUUAUACUAAGGGCUACGCCGUUCCUCCCGGCGAAACCUACUCCGUCAUCGAGGCUCCCAAGGGCGAGAUGGGUGUCUACGUAGUAAGCGAUGGUAGCGAGAGGCCCUACCGAUGCCAUAUCAGGGCGCCCGGUUUUGCUCACUUGGGUGGCUUUGAUCACGUAUCAAAGGGUCACUUGUUGGCCGAUGCUGUCGCGGUUAUCGGAACAAUGGAUCUGGUGUUCGGUGAGGUCGAUCGGUAA